AUGUCUAUUUCUCUAGAGACCGCCAACUUACCCGCCUCGGCACCCUUCCAUGUCCCCACCGAAGUCUGGGAACAGGUUUUCUAUGAAUUCCGGGACAACAAUUACACCUCCUCUGGGCAGAUAAACUGGCGCAGUUAUGCUUAUCGGCACCGAGAUCAUGUGUCAGAGGCACUGGCCACGCUUCAGAGUUUACGUCUGACCUGCCGUGUUUUCAAUCACAUUGCAUCGCCGCUGCUAUGUACUUUUCUGCGGCUCGAAUUGUCACAGUCCUCGCUAGACCGCCUAACUGGGCUGUCCAAGAACGCAUUUAUCAUCAAGGGUCUCCGAGGAAUACAGUUGUCGCUCGCUUAUCGCCCUCGGGAGCUUGCCCAUGAUAUAGCGAGCUACAUGAGGAAUAAGCUCGAGACCCUCCAUUUUCAAUUUAUUCCCCAUUGCCAAAUAGAAACAGAAUCCCUAAGCAGGAGUUGUACCACUCAAGAAGGUGGCCCAAGGGGUUACCGGCUAUUCAAAUGUCUCGAUGAGUAUGAGGCUCUUUCCUCUGAAUGGGAAACCCAUAUCCAAGGCCAAGAUUCACAGAUUUGGCCUCAGGAUCCAGGGUCGUACCAGCAUAUCUUACGGCAAUCUUUUGAAUUAUAUAAAAGCCUGCACGAAGAGCAGUGCGAGUUGCUUAUGAGUGGCUCAUUUGUUCACACGAUAGCAGCCACCACAGCCAAAACUCAGCACCCGAUAGCAUUGAAUGUCCAUGAUCAUGUUUUCUGGUAUAGCGAUGACAAUGACUUCUCUGAUGAAGACUAUUCCACGGAACUUAUCCUAAAUCGAGCCAAGCUUUCCCGACUCUUACUUCAGCCUCAUUCCUGGGAAGAGUUGGAGAUAAUGCCCGAGAACCCAAUGAUUUUACCUAUCCGAGUUCUGGUAGACCUACCUGUUGCUAUCAACGAAGCUGGUGGAUGCUUGAACAGCCUCAGCCUAGAUUGCUUCUCUUCCGCCUGGAAAAACGUUCCGACGGCCUAUCCUCACGGAGGCUCGUCAGAAAAUCCGUGGAGCCAACUCAGAGCUGCAUGCCGGCAGUUAAGAGUGUUCGAGUUUGGCGCCUAG